CCGGGGCAAUGCAGUGCCUUUCUGGACAGAUGUCACAUUUGAAAUUGAAAGCGAUUUGUUUGUAAAUAAAUCAUUGUCAACUUUCCCAGUUCUUUCAGUGUUAAAUCUGUUGAUAUUCGAAAAAUAUAAUCAUAGUGGAUCACUGUCAAGCUGCAGAAUUUGAAUUGUUUGUCAGACAUCGUGUCAUAAAGGUUGGAGCCUAAACGAUCACAAUGUGUGAUAUAUGUCACAAGGAUAUCGAUGAUCCGGUUGAGCUCGGGGCUAUCAUGGAUAAAUCAGGAAUCAAGGUGCACUAUUAUUGUCUGCUCACAUCUACGCAUUUGCCGCAGAGAGGUCAGGACAAUGGAGGGAUUUUAGGAUUUUUAAUUGCAGAUAUCAAGAAAGAGAUCAAACAAUGCAGUAAAAGGACCUGCUGUUACUGCAAGGAGAGUUAUGCCCACGUAAAAUGCGCCCAAUGUGAUCUUUCCUACCACCUAGCCUGUGGCCUAAAAAAUGACUGCUUAUUCGAAUUUGUCGACGAAUUCAAUUCAUCAUGCCAUCAGCAUCACGGAAUCAAACAUAAAAACCCGCAUCUGCCCGAAAUGGGUUGCUACAUUUGCCUGACUUCCAUGGGGAUCUACAACCCUCUGAGCUCAAUAACUUCAAAGUGUUGUGACAUGGAUUGUUGGGUUCAUAGGCGUUGUCUUAAAGAGUACGCACUUUCUGCUGGAUACUACUUGCAGUGCUUGUGGUGUAAAAGUAAACAAUUUCGAGAGGACAUCCGCCGUUUCGGAAUCUUCGUGCCCGAUCGAGAUGCACUUUGGGAACGCGAAAAAGGAGCCUUUUCCGAACUCUAUGAAAAGUAUUCAAGAUGUGAUGCGGUCGAAUGCUUGUGCGAGAAAGGACGAAAUCAUCACUACAACUCAGGAAAAUGGCUAGUCGUGGUGUGUCAUACUUGCGCAAUGGCAGGGAGUCAUUUGGCUUGUUUGCCACAAGGGAUCAAACCAAACGAAUUUCAAUGUGAUAGUUGCCAUGAAAUACUGAAUAGGACAAAACGAUUGCAUGCUCAAGACAAAGUCGAAUCUCAAAGAUUAUGCGUAGGAGCGAGCCUGGACACAACAUUAUUUAUGAGUAAAUCUCAAAGGUCGUAUGUAGAUGCACAUUUUUCCCAGCAUUCCAAUUUUCAAAACAGGUGUCUGCCUGAUGCUGCGUUUGAAAAAGCAAAGAGAUCUCCUGAAUCACCUGGUUCUUCGAAAACAGAGAAAUUUCGUCCAAAACUUUCCGGUCUGAAGCCAUACAUAAUCCUAGAUCCACAUGAUAAAUCUCAAUUCGAGUACGCUUUAUUAGACUCAGAAAAAAAUAUCGUGGAAAGACAGAAACUCACAGUAAACAAAAAUGCAAAACCCGACGAUGACUUGAUCCACAAACUUGUAAAAAACCUGCAAUCUAGGCAGAAGUUGCACGAUGAAGUGAUCGAGGUUAGUGACAAUGAUGAUUCCCAGGAGAGCGCUGGGGAUCUUUUUGAUAAGCUUAUCAAGAAAAGCGAUGCGGCUGUACCGAAACCGAAGAAAUUAACAAAUCAUUCGGCUAAGAAGAGUGACCAGAUAUCGGAAAGUGCAAGACAUAUAACGUUACCCAGCAACUCAGACGCUUCGUCCUUAUACCACGUGUCGCAACCUACUCUAGCCCCCAGUGUGCACUCUAAACAGAAGGACACGACCAUCGCAACAAGUAGGUCUCGUUCUGUUGAUAAAUUUACACUGCAACAGAAAAUAGAGAAGUAUUUCGAAAACUAUCGCGAGGGUACGCCUGAAUAGAUAAGAGAGCUAUUGCUCCCACUGAAUCGGAAAUGGCCGAAGAAUAUGAAGUGAAAUGCAUCACACUCGAGUGUUUUAUUAUUAAGCGAAAACAUUUUCCUAUAAUUGCUGAAGCA